AGUGUUAAGAGUAUUACUUUCUCUAUCUUGAUAUUCAUACUGUAGUCAUAAAGUUUGUAGUAUCAAUAAUGAUAUUUUUAAAAACUAGUUAAUUGUGUUGUGCUUUUUUAUAGUGUUCAAUUAGAAAAUAGGGGAAAGCAUUAAAAGCUAUGUUUUUAUAACAUUUUUUAACAAUGUUAACAUUUUGUUUCACUAUUUCGUCCUGAGAUUUAGUAAUACAAGACACUUCACAAGGUAGCAUAUUGGAAAAAUAAGAAACCUUUUCAUUAUAUUAAUUUAUAUCUAUUCACAUCACUUGCAACAACUUCAGCACCAAGACUAUUGAAGAAAACAUCAUCAUAAUAGCAAUUUCUGUUUCAGACAUCAGAUCGAGACAUGUAUCCCUAUGAUAGCAAGUGUUGUCUGCUGUGGAUUCUCCUAAUCCUAAACAAGGGUCUCUGCGGUUCCACUUGGAGUCCGAUGGUCAAAGAAAACGACUCCAUUUCCUUAAACUGUACUGCUCAGAUGGCAAAGAAAUCCUCUUGGAAAUUGGAAAACAAAGAGAUAUCUACAUGUUUUAAUAGUUCUAGUAGCUGCAACGUGACUAACAAAGAUGUGUUUACAGCAAGCUUAAACAAUGAAAUACAUUAUUUGACAAUUAACGACGCACAGAGAGAUUUCAAGACAUUUACUUUUUUCUCAGACGAUGUCAAAGUAGAAGCUUGUUCGUGUGAUCUGUGUGUUACUAGUAAACCAGCUAAACCAACUUGCCAGAUGCCUACACUAGACAAGAGAAAUACUUCAUUGAAUAUCGUGUGUGAAACAAGUUCGGUCUAUCCCGAUGCUGUCUGCUCACUCUCACACUUUAAAACUGGUGUUGCAUUCCAUGGCAACGUUUGGACAGCCACCAACAGAAGUGGUGGUGAACUAGCCAAUGUAAGCGUCAAGUGCUUUAUAUCAAUAGAUUUACAGGAUCUAAGUCCUUCUGAAGAAAGUUUUAGAGUUUCAUUUUCUCCAACCUGUAACCUUAAUGAUGGGACAUUUAAUAAGGACUUGACAUCAGAUAGUGACUUUAGCCCGCUCAUUACAUUAAAGCUUCCAACUGUGUCCCCACUUAACUGUACCGAUUCUGAAUAUACACCAAUAGGAUCAAUGGCUACGUGUAGAUGUGAGCUUUCGGAUGUAGGCAAUCCCCCAGGUUCUGCUAAUUGGUAUACAGACUAUGGUAGAGAAGUCGGAAUCCCUGACGGUCGAUCGUCCAUAUUGAAAGUUUCAUUCAAUGCAUCUGACAGGACGCCAAGAUUUUACUGUAGACCUGUUUCUAUUUUAAAUACAACAUCGGACAAAAGUCAGAUUAUGUUUCAACCAAAAUUUUAUUGUCCACCUCAAAGUCCUCCUGUAUUUACCGUGACCAACGCAGACAUUGUUGACACGAAGGUCUUAGUGACUAGAGAUGUCAAUGUCAAAGUGUCGUGCCGUGUUGGUGAUGUAGUGACAUCUGUAACUCUAGAAUGUGCCACUCAGAUGAUGACAGCAGUUGGUCAGUAUGCCAGCUGGACUGUAAAAGUGAAUGAAAGUAUAGAUGGUUUGAGCUGCAGAUGUACAGCUAAGGAUGAACUAGGAUGCUAUCACCAGGCAGCUGAACUAACAUUCACUCUAAUCAAAGAGGUUAAGGACUUAACAUUGCAAUGGCUAGCAGUUGGGCUGGGGACUGCUGGAGGACUUAUUCUGAUCAUUAUUGUCAGUGCUUUCAUCAUCAGACGAUUGAUCAAGAAACCAGCUCAACAAAAGGACAAAACAAAAACACAGAAUCAAUAUGAUAACAUUUAUAAUGAAGAAAGUAUAUACAGUCAAAUUUAUGAUAAUAACGACUACGCAAACCCAACUUCCCAUGAUCAAACUGACGAUGCGUUUGACUCGAUUGAGAACGACAAGCAUCAGAGAACCAUGACAAAGUAAAGCUCUAGCAUCAUUGGGAGUGAACAAAGAAAGGAAGAUGCAGAUUUAAAUGAACAUCUAACGAACCUCGGCCAUUGCUAGCAAACAGAUGAUACCAAAACUUAGCCAAAACGUCACUGGAACCAAGAAAUACACCCACAGCAGAGUUAACGGACUUCUACCUUUCAUCUACUCCACUUUUAUUUUGCUCGCUAAGUUUUAUCGUCUUCUUUGAACAGAAGAGCUUAACAGAGGAGCGACAUUGGAAAUUUGAGUUGAAGUGUUCAAUAAAACAUUUGGAUGUCAACGUUGUUGGUGUAAACAUUCAGGCUUGUGCUUCCUCUGGUGGCUCUUAGAGUUAGGAUUUGACAAUUGAAUGUCCCACUUUUGUCUCUGCUUCUCUUGAAUGUUAGACGCUCACGUUCUUACCUGAGGUUACAACAAAUGAUUUCCUAGUUUGUAGGUCAUUUAAACUGAGGUCAAUAAAGUAACAAAUAUAAUCAAGUUC